AUGGGAUCGUUGCAAACACCCCUGGCGGAGCGCUGGCAGGACAUCAGCCUGGAGGCUCGACGGAGGCGUGAUGCUCUCAUCCCCGCCGAACACAGAUUGUCUUCCGAGUUUCUCAAAGCCACAGCACACGUUGCCGACGUGUCAGACGUGCACCAAAGCACCGGUCUCUUCACAGCUCCACAGCUGGAGAUCAUAUCUUCGAGUGCCGAAACCAUCCUGGCCAAAGUUGCAAAGUCUGUAUGGACGGCACUCGAGGUCACGGAAGCUUUCUGUUUGAGCGCCAGCGUGGCCCAACAGCUUACGAACUGUAUUACACAGCCUAUGUACCCGGAGGCUGUGAAACAGGCCAAAUAUCUGGAUGGCUAUCUUCUCGAACAUGGACAGGUCAUAGGUCCACUACAUGGUCUUCCCAUCUCGCUGAAGGACAACAUCGUCACCCCGCCAUACCCGUCUUGUGCUGGCUAUGUGGAUUGGGCACUCGGCUCGACCGAGGGCUGGACGGAGGCACCUCUUGUCACCCGUCUCAAAAGCCUGGGGGCAAUUCCAUUUGUCAAAACAGCCGUUCCGACCGCAAUGAUGAUGCCCGAAACUCGGAAUAACAUCUACGGGGAUACAUUGAACCCUUACAAUCGAAAACUUAGUGCGGGCGGCAGCUCGGGUGGCGAGGGAGCGCUGAUUGCUAUGCGAGGGAGUCCUCUGGGAGUUGGUACCGACAUUGGCGGCAGCAUCAGGAUCCCAUCCGCAUGGAACAAUCUCUUCGGUCUUAGGCCAAGCGGGAAUCGAUUCUCACAUCAAGGCUUUCGCAGCGUUUUCGAAGGGCAAGAGGCCGUGACGGUCGUCCAGGGCCCCAUGUCCCGGCACCUGGAGUCCUUGAAGCUGUACUGCAAAACAUUGGCCGACUCCGAGAUGUGGCUGUCGGAUUCGACGCUGAUACCGAUGCCCUGGCGCACAAUCACUCUUCCACCGAACGAGGAAUUGUGCUUUGCAUUCCACAAAUAUGACAAGCUCGUUCGCUGUCACCCCCCAAUCGAGCGUGGGGUGGAUAUCGUGGUAGACGCAUUACGAAAGGCCAACGUGACCAUGAUUGACUGGGAUCCCAAACUUCACGCGCUGGCCUGGAACUACCUGCGUCGACUCUUCCGAGCGGAUGGAGGCCGAUCCGUCAGCGACCGUAUCGAAGCCACUGGCGAGCCAUGGUUUCCGUACAUGUACGACUACCGGGACGCCGCCAGGGCUGGCAACGACUUGCCCACUUCGGAAACUUGGAAGUUGCAGGCUCAACGCACGCAACUGGCCGAGGAAUACCUCAAGAUGUGGAACGACACCGCCCAAGCCACACCUACGGGUCGGCCAAUCGACGCCAUAAUUGCCCCCGUCAAUGCAUGGGCGGCUGCUGCACAUGGUAAAUGCCUAUAUACUGGGUACACCGGGGUAUGGAAUCUUUUAGAUUUUACUGCAUGUGUGGUUCCUGUCACUUGGGCAGACCGAUCCAUCGACGUCAAAGCCAAAGAUUCCGCCGACUAUGUCCCCAUCGACGAGCGCGACCGCAAAGUGUGGGAAGAGUAUGACCCUGAGGUGUACCACCACGGACCAGUGGCCAUCCAGAUCAUCACACGGAGGUUGGAAGAAGAAAAGGCUGUGGCGCUCGCCGAGGUCGUUGUGCGUGCUCUUGGAGGAACGGUGCCCAAGUCGUCGUUCUGA